AGGAAUGAAUUGGCAAUGGUUAUCAACAGCAAGUACUGACACAGCCUGGGCUAUACGUGUCGACUUAUAAAAAAAAUCUAGAGCUUUACAAAGUAAUAUUUUUAAUGAUUCUGAAGUUUGCAGUGCUUUGCAACAUUGUCCCCCUGUCCCAUGGAUGGAUGCAGCCCACUUCUAGACGUUGUCCUGUGUGUCAAACUGGACUGCGGGACGGGACGCGGACGCAGUUUACAAACGGUCACGUCCUCGACAACGUCUUAUGAGGAGUUGGUGAGAGUGAUGAACUCUGAGCAGGAAAGGCCGUUUGUGUGCAGUGCCCCUGGCUGUUCUCAGCGAUUCCCCACAGAGGACCACCUGAUGAUUCACCGGCACAAGCAUGAGAUGACUCUGAAGUUCCCCUCCAUAAAGAUCGACAGCAUGUUAUCAGACCAGACGCCGACCCCGACGCGCUUCCUGAAGAACUGUGAGGAGGUGGGUCUGUUCAGCGAGCUGGACUGUUCUAUAGAACAGGAGUUCAGGAAGGCCCAGGAGGAAGAGGACAACAAACAGGUAGACAAGAUGACAAAUAUCUCUCUACAUGGCCAGAACCUCCAGAACCAGCAGCAUCACUCUCGGAUGGGGAACCAUGACAACAGUAUAGUGAUCCAGCAGGGCCUGUCCUCUCCCCAGUCCAACUCUGUCAUCACCCAGGCCCCCUCCACCAACAGACAGCUAGGGCCUGUCCCUGGCUCCCUGUCAUCACUACUGCACCUACGGAACAGACAGAGACAGCCACUGCCUGCCUCCAUGGCUGGAACCCUGCCAGACCCCACCAUGCAAGGCUCCUCUGUACUGAUGCCUAUGGAGAGGCAGAUGUCUAUGUGUUCCAGUAUGAUGGGUUUGCAGGGCCCCAACCAUCCCAGCUCCUGUUCCUCCCCUCACGGACCCUCCAUGCACUCUGAGGCCAAACUGAGGCUGAAGGCGGCGCUAGCACACCACCCGGGAGCCAUCGCCAACGGCAACAUGAACAGCAUGGGUCACAUGAUGGAAAUUAUGUCAUCGCGGCAGCAGCAGGAGCAGGGGGGCGGCCACCACCACCUUCACCCCUCCCACCCUCACCAGCACCUGCCUGCUCCGCCCCACAGCCACGCCUACCAGCACCACCCCCACCAUCACCACAGCGGCCACAGCCAGGGCGGACACCACCACCCACAGGGCCACAACCCCCAUCACAACUCCCACCCGCCUCACCUCCACCCUGGGCACCCACACCAGACCUCACCCCCACCUCACCUCCACCCUGGACACCCACACCAGACCUCACCCCCGCCUCACCUCCACUCUGGACACUCACACCAGACGUCACCCCACCCUCCACUUCACUCUGGACCAGGGUCACAUUCACAGGUUAGCACUCACAAGUGAUUCUUUCCCCUAGCAUAGGUACCGGAGCCAGAGGUAGAGGAAGGUAAAUAUCAGAACCAUUCAUGUAUAGACAGAGGUUUAUGAAGGUUUGUCACAAAACCAAAGCAUGUCAAGUACCUACUAAAACUACAUGUGAAGCCAAAAGCACCUACUUUAACCCAAACCAGAACAGUUCAGUCCUGCACUUUAACAGUCUGGUAGACAGACAGCCAUUAGUGGUUUGGUUUAAAUGCAGUAGAGGAAAUUACAUUACAAAUUCACUGUAAAGCGCCGGGGCUGGUCAGACACAUUUUCCUUCAGCCGUGGGCCGUGGCCAUACUGCCAAGAAGAGGUUAGUUACCUGGCAACAGACACAAAGGUCAGUUUUUCCAUUGAGGUUGGUCAGAUCAGUCUCAGCGGUCAGGAGGGUCAGUUGGAGGUUGUAAACUGCCGGCGUAAAGGAUCCUCAGGGCUUGUUUGGAAACAGGACUCCAGAGCUUCACCCUUAAACUUAAAUACCUCACACACACUCAUGUGGGGAGUUUAGGCCUUUAAUCUGUUAGGUUGCCAUAACAUAUAUACUGGGCU